CGAGCAAGGCGCGCUGGUAAAGCUAGAGAUGUUGUCGAAAACACACUCCAUCAAGGGUGUGGAUGUGGUGCACCUCGUCAGAGAAGAGAUCCGGAUCGUACUUGACCACAAGUACUUCCAUGGGAGUGGCAGACAACGCGACUCGGUAACUUCCGAACACUCUCAAAUGGCAGCCGCUACCACCAUGUCCAGUAACUACUUCGCUAAGCCGGAACUCGACACAGGCGUGUUGCAUACGCUCGGUACAGAAGAAUAUCGACGCCACCUACUAUGCGAUUAUCAAGAUACCAUCGAAGAUCAAGAGCAAGCGACGCAGAUUCUACUGAAAGCAUUCGACCUCGAUCUACACGACAGUCCUUUGCUUUCGAACCCUGCUUCUCGCCGCGAAACCCGCGAAUUAAACACGCCGCCAGAUUUAUCUGAAACGCAACACACAGGCUCACAGAAUCCUUUCUUGUCGACUCCGAUGCGCAUGAAGCAUUUCUCCAAACUCAGCCCGUCCAUCCUGCGUGACCUUCUUCGCUCACCCUCGCUUCGCAACUCUAGCUUUGACAACGAGAACAGUCUCGAUAGCAUCCCUCGUAGCACUCCGGAAGCGUCCGAUCUCGCUGCCGCUGUCGCUUUCAAUGCCCGCUCAACCGACACUAUGCCUCUCACGCCCCCGCCCACCGCUCGCCUUCCGUUCACCGAAAGACUCGCUGAUUCUAGCAUCGAUUUCAUAGAAGAAAUCGCAAGCAUGUAUCUGAACGAUCUGCCUUCUCCAUUAGCUUGCAAGCCCGCGCCGUGCCACAUUCAGGUGUCACCGACGACAGUGCGGCAUUUCCAGAAGGUCAUCGAUGAGAUGAGAGGCGUUGAUGUGCGUCAAGUCUUGCAGAUUGAAGAGCAGGAAAGCGUGGUCGAGCAAACGUCGAUUGCAGAAGAAGGCAAGAUGGGCACAUUGGAGAAGGAGUUCGUUGGUCUGUUGCAUGAAAGAGCUAUCGAAGACGAAUCGGAAGCAAUAACGUUGCGCUCGCUUGCUGAUAGACUGGAACGGAUGGCACACGCCAGACGGCGAUUGGCUGGGACCAUGGAAGCGCAAGUUUCUAAUUGAAGCACAGGUGAUGAUUGGGCGUGGACUACGGAUACAAAUUGGUCGGAUGCAAUAGUACGAAUACAACAACAAUGGAAUCAAUGCAGGUGCUCAGACUCUUUGGCCCGAUCUCCAACCACUUUCUCCAUCCCAUCCAGCCACACAUUGACAUCGGCGCCGGGAGUUUUUCUUCCAGAACCAGACUGCGUCAGUUGACCUAUCCCAAUAUGACGAGCAAGAGCUAAAACAGGGAGCCGACGAAGUGAGCGCCCGGACAUGCCUUGACU